CGGGGCGGGGCCCCGUUGGUCCUUCACCUUCCGCGGGGCGAAUGUGGGCGUCUUGCAACGUGAAAGUUUGCUAUUGCUGGGCCGCGACUUCCGUCACUCUGAGACGGUGUUUGAAGUUGGGGGCCACCAUGGCAAAGAGCAAAUUCGAGUACGUGCGGAACUUCGAGGCUGACGACACCUGCCUGGCCCACUGCUGGGUGGUGGUGCGGCUGGACGGCAGGAAUUUCCACCGGUUUGCUGAGAAGCACAACUUUGCAAAACCCAAUGACAGCCGUGCUCUCCACCUAAUGACCAAAUGUGCCCAGACUGUAAUGAAAGAACUGGAGGAUAUCGUGAUUGCAUAUGGACAGAGCGAUGAGUACAGCUUUGUGUUCAAGCGCAAAAGCAAUUGGUUUAAAAGAAGAGCCAGUAAGUUCAUGACUCACGUGGCUUCCCAGUUCGCCUCCAGCUAUGUGUUUUAUUGGCGAGAUUACUUUGAGGAUCAGCCCCUUCUGUAUCCCCCAGGCUUUGAUGGAAGAGUCAUAGUGUAUCCUAGCAACCAGACCUUAAAGGACUACCUCAGUUGGCGGCAAGCAGAUUGUCACAUCAAUAAUCUGUAUAAUACGGUUUUCUGGGCACUUGUACAACAGUCUGGACUAACACCAGUACAAGCCCAAGAGAGAUUACAGGGAACUCUUGCAGCAGACAAGAAUGAGAUUUUGUUUUCCGAAUUCAACAUCAACUACAAUAAUGAGCCACUGAUGUAUAGGAAAGGGACUGUGUUGAUAUGGCAGAAGGUGGGUGAAGUCACAACAAAAGAAGUUAAACUGCCAGCAGAAAUGGAAGGAAAAAAGAUGGCGGUGACCCGGACCAGGACAAAGCCAGUGCCUCUAUAUUGUGAUAUAAUUGGGGAUGCUUUUUGGAAGGAACAUCCAGAGAUCCUAGACGAAGACAGCUGAUCCUUUGCUUUUAGCCCUGGCAUGCAUAACCAUACAAGACCUGCUCUUUCCCACCCCCCAAGUCUCCUGGCCUUAGGUGCCCUAGGAUCCCUACUACUGAGAACAGUGUGCCGGGAGUGACACAUGACUGCUCUGAGAGGGAACAGGAAAGAAGGGAUGGAUGGGGUGGUUAUCUUGUUCUGCUUUAAGUAGAACAUUUUCUUACAAUGUUGGAACAUGGUUCCUUCUGUAGAAGUGCAUUUUUUUUUUUUUUUAAAUCGUGGUGCUAUUUUUAUAAAGCAAGAACUAUUUUAUGCUUUGCAGAAUGAAUCAUUUUUAGAUUGUGGCAUAAGUCUUAUAAAAACUUGUCAAGCCUUUUCUACCUAUGAUAGAAUAUGAAUCCAAACUUUACUCUCAACCACCUGUUCUUAACUACAGACUCCACUAACCUUGAAAAUCUCACCUUUCCUACCCACGGACACUGACCUGGAGGUAAAUAAUGGGUUGGUUGCUGCAUGAGUUCAGCAAUUCUGGCCUCUGAGUUCAGGAAUUCCCAGGGAGA